AUGGAGGCAUUUGGAAAAUCAUCCGCCAAUGUUAUUUACUUGUCUGCGAUACUGGAUCCUCGUGAAGGACCCACCGACACGUGUCACAAAUGUGACUACAAAUGCGGGAACGAGAACGUUUGCGGGAACAUGUACCGGUGCAAGCUAACCGGUUUAACCCACGUCUGUGACAAGAACUGCAACCAGCGGAUCCUUUAUGAUAACCACACCUCUUUGUGCCGAGCCAGUGGCAGGAUGUUCCCACUCUCCUCGGCUGAGGAACAGGCGGUUAGAGGAGUCCGUAGGAAGCUUGAUGAUGAGCCCUCUGAGAGCUGCGUUAAGCGUCGUCGUCGGCGUGAUGCUCAGUUUCAUGCUUCUCCUUUUGAGAGGUCUUUUGCUGCUGUGAGCCCGAUUUGCAGCAGAGCUGGAGAUGGAAUGGAGAUGAACUAG